AUGACCGCGGCGGGGGGGGCAGAGACCCCUCCCCCCCGAGCCGGUAGAAACUGGCACGGGAGAACGGACGAGCCCCCCCCUAAAGGAGGAGAAGAUGGGGGAGGGGCGGCAGAGGUGACGUCAGCGGAGGGGGCGGGGCCGGCGGCGGCGGCGGAGGCGGCGACGUCGGAGGGGGUGACGUCAGAGGCGGUGACGUCAUCGCAGGCGGCGGUGACGGCGGGGGGGCAGCUGAUGUUCUCCCACCGCACCGAUCGCAGUUGGAUCCUCCUGGGCCCCCCCAGCGACGCCCCCCGGGUGCUGCGGCUGCGGGAGAUGGUCAGGGGCUCCAUUGGCCUCCAGAGGUCCGAGAGCCUCCCCCGGCGCCGGGGGGGGGGAGGGGAGCGGCCCCUCCCCCACGCGCAGCCUCAGCCCCGCCCCCGCUCCCAGCACGGUGCGCUGGCGCUGCCUCUGGACCCCGAAUCGUACAGCGCUUGUCUCCGAUUGGCCCAGCUGGAGCUCCGGGUCCGCCAGGCAUUGGCCGAGCGCGAGCGGCUCCUGCGCGCCAGG